AGGAGAUAGCUGUCAUUAGUACUUGUUGUUUUUUAAGUCUCUUAGAAUACGUACUGUACAGUAGAUUGAUAGACAACUCACCCAGUCACUGUUCUCAGAAACUGCCUUGUACUGAUGGAAGAAAACGAGGAAGAUGAGGAUAGUGAACUGUCCCUGUUAGAAUACAUGCCAGAUGACCUGUUGUUAGAAAUAUUCAAGCUGUUGAAUUGGCGAGAUCUUAUAAGGCUGUCAGCUACAUGCACCAAGUUCCGACAGAUUUGCUCAAUAAGUGCCUUAUGGUUAAGUUUAAGAAAAUUGAAAUUUGUUGAUUGCCACAUUCCGGAUUCUAGAAAAAUUUUGGAAGUGUUGCAGAGGUCAUCAAAUGCUGAACACAUUAUCUUGGAUGAUGUGCUCAUUGAAGACAAUAUUGUGGCACAGUCAACCAGCAGGAAUGAGCUUGAAGCCAUGGAGAUGACAGAGGGGCCAGACAGACAGGGGCCAGUGGAGGGGUCAGUAGUGGAGGGACUUCAGCCACCGGAUAGGUUCAUCCUGGAUGUACUCAAACUGUGCCCUCAUGUGGCAAAACUGGACCUGUACAUGAAGACAAUAACAGACAGAGCUGUGGAGGCGAUAUGUGCCAAGUGUGUGUGUCUUCGACACCUUCAGUUAUGUGAGAAUGACAACAUCUCCAGGGACGCUAUCAACGAGCUCGUGUCCUACUGCCCUUCACUCAUGGAACUCUGUUUAGAUGAGUGUCGAUGUGCUGAACAAAUAAACCUGCGUCAUAGAGAUGCUGACAGAACACUUAAUCUCCAUACUGUCCGGAUACACAAUGUGUUUUUGAGUGCAGCAAAUGUUGAUUGUCUACUAGCCAGCUGUCCUCAGUUAAUCAUUCUGGACCUCAGUCAUACCUUACUGACCGCCUUCGUUAUUCAGCCAUCACAGCCCGGUCAGCGGAAUCCAUUAGAGACUUUGAAGGAACUCGUACUGGAAACAUGUCAGUACCUGUUAGGUGUGAUGUUGCCUUUCGCUCGGAGUCUCCUUACCCUGAAUGUGACCGAAUGUCGGAGCUUGAAAGAUUUAAAGGGGGAUCUUCCUAUGUUGGAGACAUUAGAAGCCCGAUUGUGUACCUGUCUGAAGGAGCUUGAUGUGAAUGUGCCAUCAUUGACAUACUUUUCAUUUGAUUCAAAUGAACACGGUUCACUGGAGCAGCCACAAUCUAGGACAGUGAAGCUGAGGAACUGUAGCAUGUUGGAGGAGGCAAGCCUGUCUAAGCUCUCCACUUUGACCCAGCUCCAUAUUGGUUCCACUGUCCUGCGUAACCUGAACCUCGCCAUGUGUCCCAUGAUGAGUGUUACUGAGCUGGUGUGUGUGGUGCCUGACCCCUCAUCUCUCGUGACCCUGAACAUCUCUGGUUGUGUCAAUAUAUCGCCCAGCGAUCUACAGACUGAUCUAUUACCCAAGUUUAGCGGAUUGCAGUCCCUUACCUAUGGAGGUCAUAGCUGGAAUACUGUUCAGUUGUCUUCACCUACUCUUAGUCAUAUUGUGUUGCAGUCCUGCAGAAAUUUAUCCCACCUGGGGUUAAACAUGGCUGGCCUGAGGAAACUGACUCUAGACUUAUGUCCAGACCUUGUGGAGCAAGAGCUGUUUGAUCCCCUCAUCUACGGCAGAUCGAUAACAAGACUUCAGGGACUGGAAAAUAUAGUUGCACAUAACCUUCCCCCUCCAUUUGCUAAUGGUGUUGGUUUGCCCUGUCUGGAGGAGCUAAAGUGCCUUAACCUUUGUGGUCUCCAUGGCGAUGUGAUGUCAAAAUGUCUUGGAGAAUUUCAGUGUUUGACAUAUUUGGAGUUUGAACACUGUGCAUUCCUAACACAAUUGCGUGUGUGUGGAUGGGCAAAGAUUAAAACAGUAAAGUUUAUUGGCUGCUGCAACCUCAAGAAACUGGAUAUUUCAAAUGUGCCAAAUCUGCACUACUUGUAUCUCAAGGGGUGCAGUAUGAUGGACCAUUGUUCCAUAGAUGCCCAAAACCUGAGCCACCUUGACACGUCAGGGACAAACUACAGACACCUUUGUGUGGCCUCCAACAAGCUGGAAACCCUUCAAGUUAACGGAAUAUGUACACAGGAAUCUCACACUUUCUCCCUCAGGUGCAAUAAUCUUCAAGACCUUUCCAUCAGCAAAUGUGAUCGUCUGUCUGACCAAGUAGUAAAUGCAGUUUUCAGUGGCUGUCCAAACCUCUCCUUCAUAUACAUCCUUGGAUCACUCAUCAUCAGGAGCCUGACCCUACCUGCUAGUUUGACCAAAUGUAGCCUGACAGGACACAGGCUUCUGGCCAACAUACAUGUUUCCCCACAGAACAGGAUACAACACUUAACACUCAACAAUCUCCCUAAGUUUAUUCCGAGCCAGCGGGCUGAAUUGUUGCGGCGGUGUGAGGGUUCCCUGCAAGAGCUGGAGGUAAGGGCCAUUCCAGGGGAGACAACACUUAGACUGACCCUUCCAGAGUUAUCUGCCCUCACUCUUGACCAGGGAAUACACCUCCAGUCACUAGAUAUAUCCUGUCCAAAGUUAAAAUCUUUAAGAAUACAGGGAUGCCCCCAUCUGCACGAGUUGUCGAUGCACGUGACCAGCCUGGCCCAGAUGCAUGUGUUCCACAGCCCGCCACUGCUUGCCUUACAACGUCUCAUUCUGACCUGCCCCAGGGUGCCACACCUUGACAGGAUCCUGGCUUAUUAUUGUAGGAAGCUGCAGGCCCUGACACUGCGAGGUAGCACUGUGAAGGAGUCCCUGAUCUACCGGCUGGGCCAGGCCCUUCCCUCCCUCAACACACUACAACUGGACACAUGUACACUGACAGGUGCUCCGGCGACACUCAACAGUUUCUGUGUGGAUGGCAAGGCACUGUUCAGAAAUGAUGGACUAACCCUCAGUGUUGUUAUUGCUAGACAGAUGAUCUGAAACUGUGUGAUACUGCUAGAGUUAGUGACAAGAGCUGAUACUGUGUGAUACUGCUAGAGUUGCUGACAAAGUGACAGUUUGGAGUUUGCAGACGGCUUACAGCUGAUUGUAAUCUGCCUCAGUGCUUGAUCUCCUCUGACAUACAUGCAUGCUCUCCAUAACAUUUCAUUUAGAAAUUAAUGUAUCCGAUACAUUUGUUGAUUAUAUAAGAUGUAUUGUAAAAUAUUUUGAAAUCAUGUCGACUUCUAUGCAUAGCAUAAACAAGAUCUGUGAUACUGAUUGUGUAUGAAAUGGUCUUUUAUAUUGAUAAAUAAAACCUAUGUACAUAAUAAUAGCUGAAUU